AUGUCAAAUUUCUUUCACAUUUCCAAAUUCUAUAGAUAUGUAAAUGCAUUACAAGGUGGAUAUGUUGUGGUGAAUGAAAAGCUGCCUAAUUAUGUAGUCCCAGAUUUGACUAACUUCAAGGUACUCAUUUUUGUAAACUUUAAAGACUAUUUGUAUAUAUUUGACUGUUCAGCUGGUGCAAUCUCCAGUACUGCAACUUUCCCACUUGAGGUGGCUCGCAAGCUUAUGCAGGCUGCUGGAGCUAUCAAUGGGAGACAGUAUCAAAGUAUGCUUCAUGCUCUCGUGAGCAUAUUUGAAAAUGAAGGGCUUCCAGGUCUGUAUAGAGGGUUGGGACCAAGUUGUGUGAAAUUGGUCCCUGCUGCUGGGAUAUCUUUCAUGUGCUAUGAGGCAUGCAAGAGGAUAUUGGUUGAGAAAGAAGAAGAUGAUUAA